AGGUUGUCUCUCUUUUUACUGGCAUUAUUUAUGGUAAUGUAUCCAUCAACUUCAUUAUUAAAAACUCGAUUUACGCAAAAUUUUGGUAUAAUUACAUUUAAGCAAUUUAAACAAAAGCGAUUUGCUCAUGAUCUUGUCGUAAGAAAAACAACAGGGAAACCUAUUAUUAAAUAUGGUCCGGGAGGUCGAUCUUCGGUUAGUGGACAUAUAGCGACUGUUUUUGGAAGUACGGGAUUUUUGGGCCGUUAUCUUGUCAGCAAACUUGCCAAACAUGGAACUCAAGUAGUUUUGCCAUAUCGUGAUGAAGAUGCGAAAAGGCAUUUAAAAGUUACCGGAGAUUUAGGUCAAGUUGUUUUUUUGGAGUUCGAUCUCCGUAAUGAACAAAAUAUUAUUGAAGCUGUUAGACAUUCUGAUAUUGUCUAUAACUUAAUAGGAAGAGAUUAUGAAACUAAGAAUUUUACUUACGAGAAGGUUCAUAUAGAAGGGGCAGAAAGAAUUGCGAAACUUUGUAAAAAAUUUGAUGUAUCAAGGUUAGUUCAUGUAUCAGCUUUAAAUGCUGAUAUUAAUUCCCCGUCAAGAUUUUUACGAACAAAGGCAUUAGGAGAAAAAGCUGUUAAAGAACAAUUUCCUGAUGUAACAAUAGUUCGUCCUGGAUAUAUGUUCGGUCCUGAGGAUAGAUUUUUGAAUAGAUUAUCAGGAUUUCCAUAUGAAUUAAUGGUUAACCAUGGAGAAACAUUAUUUAGUCCAGUUUACGUAAUUGAUGUGGCAACAGCGUUAGAAACGAUGAUGAAAAAUGAAACAACAAUUUCUUCAACAUAUGAAUUAUAUGGACCGGCUGUAUAUAGUAUGCGAGAAAUUUAUGAUAUUAUUGACGAUAUUAUGAAGAAAAAGCGUACACGUUUGAAUGUACCUAGCCCGAUUGCAUUAGGUAUUACAAAAUUAUUAACUUAUUUACCUUGGCCUUAUUUAACACCAGAUGAAAUUGAGAGGUAUUGUAUAAGUGAUAAACCUGGCAAAGCAGUAGGAGGUGGGGAAGUAAAAACCUUUAGUGAUUUGGGUGUUGAACUUGUUGAUUUAGAAAGUAAAGCUAUUCAAGUUGUUAGAAGAUAUAGGAGUAAUACUCAUUUUGAUCAGCCUAUUAGUAAAAAUAUUGGUAAAGUUAAAAAAGGUGUUUACCAUGUUGAAUACUGAAGAGGGCCGUAAUUUUGUUGUAUUGAAUUUUGACAUUAUUUUUAAAAUGGAUUAUUAAUGCGUAUUUGUCCUUUAGAUUUAUCGAAUAAGAUAAUAAAAAUAACAUAUUUAUAAAUAUAAAUUAAUUAAAUGAUAUCAUGUGUGUAAAAAACUCAUGUUGGGUGAAACCUAAAGGUUUUUAUCUGUGCAUAUACUAUUAGCCUUGUAGGAAAUAUUGAAGUUUACAUUCCCGUGAAAGUCAUAUUAUAUUUAAAAAUUAUUAUGCAUUUUUAUAUUCCCAAUUUUCCAUAAUCAGUAAAUUUUCAUAAUAAACAAAUAAUUUAGUAAUUGAUUAAAAAUAACCAUCAUUAUUAAAUGUCA